UUUUCCUAGCUACAGUCGUUAUGUCUCAAGUUUGUCCAUCAAAGUAAAAUGAAAAGUGACGACGAGAGCAACGUACCGAAGGAAAUAGGGGAGGAAAGAGAAAAACGCGAGAAGAAACUUGUGGUUUCGCCAACGUUGAAAUCGAAAAGGCCCAGCUUUCUCAUAAAAAAGCUCAAGCUCAAGUCCAAAUCCCACCCUCAAGAGGAAAUAAAGGAUAUUGCUAAUUUACCUUUACCCAGCACCUCUUCUGACGAGAGACAAACCCCAGAAGGGGACGAUAAUUUCAUACUAACUAAAUCUGCAUCUGAAACAAAUUUACAGGAGACCUGGAAAAGUGCCGAAAAUCUAGCGAAAGAUAACACGAAAUCUUCGGCAAAAAGUGCUGUUACUGUUGAACGUAAUCAGUUCGAUUUAAGUUCGGAACAAAAAGGUUUUCCAGAACGCACAAAGUCUUUGGAGAAUUUGAACGAUAUGCCUGCUUACGGGGAACUUAUAAUGGAUCAGACUGCUGAAACGUCAAAUGCAAAUCAGUCUCCUAAUAAGCCCAAAGAUCAUUUAUACAAAGUCUUGGUAAUAGGAGAUCUAGGCACUGGAAAAACGUCCAUAAUUAAGCGUUAUGUUCACCGGUUUUUCUCACAGCACUACAGAGCCACAAUCGGUGUUGACUUUUCUUUGAAAGUACUCAACUGGGACGACCAGAAUCUCGUGAGGCUGCAGCUUUGGGAUAUUGCAGGUCAAGAGCGUUAUGGUAAUAUGACUAGGGUGUAUUACAAAGAAGCAGUAGGCGCAUUUAUAGUAUUUGAUGUCACUCGCAAAGCUACUUUCGAUUCUGUAGCGAACUGGAAAUCAGAUCUUGACAGCAAAGUAGAGCUGUCUGACGGAUCCAAAAUACCAUGUGUUCUUUUAGCAAAUAAGACGCGUUUUGCUACCACCGUAGCAUCCUCGGUAGAAAUGAAAAUUAUAGACUGGGCUACAACUCUUAUAUACAACACUAGUAGGUACCUAACUCAAUUGGUUAAUAGUGAAAGUGAUAACAGCUAUAAUGUAUAA